AUGGGGAACGUGGUCAGAUGGCCAGUCAAGCUGAAGCACCUGGGAGCGAAGCUGGACAUCACCAAGUGGUGCGAAUUUCACGGAGAUCACCACCAUAACACCAUCAAUUACAUUGCACUUCACCUCGAAGUCGCCGAGCUGCUAAAAAGAGGACACCUUCGCGAGUUCCUAACGGACAAGGGUAAAAGCACAUUGACCAACAAAGAUCGCCAAGUUACUCAGUCACCAAAAACCUUCCUGGCAGACGCAAUGUGCGAGGUCAUCUCAAGCGGAUCGGAGGUUAGUGCAGUCAACUACUCCUCAGCGAACUGCCAUGCCCGGGUGGUAGCCAACCCACGAUUCCAACACCUAAGACCGAUACAUCAAAGAGCAACAAACCUGACUAUAGAAUUCAUGGACAAUGAGGCGGCAACGCUAUUGAAUCCUCAUCAUGAUGCGCUCGUAGUCACCUUCCAGAUUGCCAACAUCAUUGUCAAAAGAAUCCUGAUAGACCCCGACUCCUCCGCUAAUAUCAUGUUCCUCGAAGCAUUCAGGGUGAUGAAGUUGGAGGAGUCUAGCAUCAACUACAGUCCAACGCUCUUCGUGGGAUUCAGUUCGGAACAAAAAUAUACCCUGGGAGAAAUUGCCCUACCAAUCUAUGCCAAAGGGAUUAACCAGCAAACCGCUUUCAUGAUAUUAGACGCAUCUUCUCCCUACAACGUGAUCCUCAGUCAGCCAUGGAUUCAUAGCAUGCGAGCCAUCUCCUCAACCUUCCACCAGACGAUCAGAUUCCCCACCAAAUGGGGCAUCAAAGAGAUUAAGGAAGACUAG